GGAGCGCCACGUUGCUGCUUCUGUUCGGUGCCUCUCUCUUCUCUCGCCUCUUCUCUCUCACUACCCACUCUCUCUCUCGCUCUCUCUUAGGAUUCUCUCUGUUUCUAGAGAGAGAGACUCCAGAGAAAAGGCCGAUUUUCCUAACAAACUCCAGUCUCAGAUUCGGAUUCGUAGGUUGUGAAUCGCCGUAUUUCCGUCCGGAUCCCAAUCCAAAUCCUAAUCCGAUUCGAUUCUCUGUCAGAGCCUCUGUAGUACUUGGAUUCCGGCGAUAGAUCCUUGAUUUCGAUUGGAUUAUUUCUUAUUUCUUCGAAUCCAUUCGAGAUUCUUGUUCUUACUUUCCCGCUUCUUUAAUCCGUCUCGUUGUUCGGUCCGAUGAAUCCGUUUGUCUGGAAACUUGCUUGUUAAAGUCCUUAUCAGUUCCGGCAUUUUAUCGAGAAACUUAUUUGAAGGGAGACCCGCCUGCUUAGAUGGUAUGCAAUAGCUUCCUAAGGAGUGUCAUUGUUCAGGCUUGUCAUAUAGGAGUUUUGGCUCAAGGAAGAGAACAGUUUAGCAACAUUAAGAGGACAUUGAGUGUCGGCUUUGGUGUAAGCAACAAGUGGAGUUGUGGAUUUAAAACAAGCACAAAGAUGAUGGUCGACUCGGCUGCGGGGGAGAAACGGGUAUCCAUUGUUGAUAUGUUGCCUGAGAAAGUUGAUGAUGGUGGAUAUAUUUGUGGUGGGUGGAAAAGUGAAGAUGGAAAGCUGAGCUGUGGGUACUCAAGUUUCAGAGGGAGAAGGUCUACAAUGGAAGAUUUCUAUGAUGUCAAAGCUGCCAUGAUUGAAGGCCAAACGGUCUGCAUGUUUGGAAUUUUUGAUGGGCAUGGAGGUUCACGUGCCGCGGAGUACCUAAAGGAAAACCUCUUUGAGAAUCUUAUGAAGCAUCCGCAAUUCAUGACAGAUACCAAGCUCGCAAUAACUGAAACAUACAAGCAAACUGAUGCAGCAUUCUUGGAAUCAGAAAAGGAUAUUUACAGAGAUGAUGGUUCCACAGCAUCUACUGCUGUGUUGGUGGGUAACCAUUUGUAUGUUGCAAAUGUUGGAGACUCACGGACAAUCGUUUCAAAAGCUGGGAAAGCCAUCCCUCUGUCUGAUGAUCACAAGCCAAACCGAAUCGAUGAGCGGAAGAGAAUUGAAAGCGCUGGAGGUGUUAUCAUGUGGGCAGGAACAUGGAGGGUAGGUGGUGUCUUGGCCAUGUCCCGUGCUUUUGGUAACCGUAUGCUGAAGCAAUUCGUCGUUGCUGAACCCGAGAUUCAGGAUCUUGAGAUAAACCAUGAAUUUGAGUUCCUUGUUCUUGCUAGCGACGGAUUAUGGGAUGUGGUUCCAAAUGAGGACGCGGUGUCGCUUGCUCAGACCGCAGAAGAGCCCGAGGCUGCUGCCCGCAAGCUAACCGAAACUGCCUUCACCCGUGGCAGCUCAGAUAACAUCACUUGCAUUGUGGUGAGAUUCGGUCAUGAGAAAACCGAAUCACCCGAACUCAAACCCAACCCCAAAGCUGAACCGGAAGCAAAACCCGAAACCGAACCGAAGCAAACUAGUGAGUAAAACACGAAGGGAAAGAGAGGAUAGGGCCCAUAAUCGGUAAGUCAAUGUGGUGUGUGAACAGAGUGAGAGUUUUAGCACAAGCUUUAGACGCAAAGAGAGUAUAUGAAGCCCCCAGAAUGACCUUCUCUUCUCUCCCGAUUUGUUUAUUCAUUGCUUUUUUUUUUGGUUGUGGUUGUCUCAUAGCAAAAAACGUUGUUUUCUUUCUCCUCUCUCUACUUUGUGAUUGUCUUCUCUGUUUCCGCUUGUCUCCAUCUCACAGUCGGUUGAUUUUAAUUAUUUCGGUUUUGGUUUUAAAAAAUUA